AUGGCCUUGACUCUCGAGAGAGCUUUGCUGCCUUUUCCCGCCUGCACUGGCCUCUGGCCCCUAGCUCCCAAGGCUCUAGCGACGCCAUAUCACCAAAUCCGUCUCCCACCCCCGUAUUCUUCGGGCCACCCGCCGCCACCCGCCACCAAGACAGCAAUGGGCCUCACCGACGAGGACAAGAUGGAAAAGUCCAGCAAUCCAGAGAAUACAAAUGACUCCCAAACAGAAAUCAGUCGGGGUCUUGAUGAUCUUGAUGCUGGACUCUCCGCUGAAGAGCGCGCCAAGAUUGAGCGCAAACUACUUUGGAAGCUCGAUUUGAAGCUGAUGCCGUGGCUCUCCCUGUUGUAUCUGAUUGCCUUUCUGGACCGCACUAAUAUUGGCAAUGCAAAAAUCGCACAUCUCGAGCAAGAUAUUGGGGUGCACUCGACGUCAAAGUACAAUGCGACGCUCACGAUCUUUUUUGUGUCGUACGCCCUCUUCGAGCCCAUCUGUAAUAUCCUCCUCAAGCGUCUGCGGCCGUCCAUUUUUCUUCCUAUCAUCAUGGUACUCUGGGGCUUGACCAUGAUUGGCAUGGGCUUUGUGCGCAACUGGUCGGAGCUAAUGGCCGCCCGAUGGUUCCUCGGCAUGACAGAGUCUGGACUGUUCCCCGGCAUCAACUAUUACCUGUCGUGCUGGUAUAAACGCAGCGAGUUUGGCGUGCGUGCCGCCGUCUUCUUCUCCGCCGCCGCCAUUUCCGGCUCGUUUGGCGGCCUCUUGGCUGCUGCCAUUCAGAACAUGAACGGCAUCGGCGGCCGCCCUGGCUGGUCGUGGAUCUUCAUCAUUGAAGGCGGCAUCACAGUGCUGGUUGCACUGGCCUCGUUCUUCAUAGUUCAGGACUUUCCCUCCGAGGCCAAGUUUUUGACGCCAGAAGACCGCGUUCGUGUCGUGCGCCGCUUGGAGGAAGACAAGCAGUCUUCGGCUCACGAUGAGAGCUUCAAGACAUCGUUCCUCAUUUCCGCACUCAAGGACUGGAAGACAUACUGCGGAAUGCUCAUCUACAUGGGACCUCUUAUGCCUCUGUACGCUUUCAGUCUCUUCCUGCCUACCAUCAUUCAGGGCAUGAAGCUGGUACCAAAGAAUGACAUCAUUAAAAACCAACUUCUCAGUGUCCCGCCAUACGUCCUGGCCGCCGUUAUGACUAUUGUCAUUGGCUUCUGGUCUGACAGGGUCAACAGACGUGGUAUUUUCAACAUGGGAUGUGCUUCGGUCGGAACGGUUGGUUUUAUUAUGAUGAUUGCUUCCACCAAGCCCGUUGUGCAGUAUAUCGGAACGUUCCUUGGCGCUCUUGGCAUCUACCCUUCGGUGUCGCUUACGAUUGCCUGGGUUGCCAACAACGUCGAGGGUGUUUACAAGCGUGGUGUCGUUCUCGGCCUGGUUAUUGGCUGGGGUAACCUCAACGGUGUCGUCAGCAGCAACGUUUACUUUGCAGGCCCGCGGUUCUUUGCGGGGCAUGCGACGAUUAUCGGCUACCUCGUGAUUGCCAUGUUUGGCGGCAGUCUGCUCUUCCAAACGCUGCUCAGCCGAGAGAACAAAAAGCGUCUGGCAGGUGAGCGCGAUUACCUUGUCGAAGGUAAGUCGCAGGCGGAGAUUGAGGCUCUGGGUGAUAACAGACCAGACUUUAUCUAUACUCUUUAG